GUUCCCCUGCGUGUUCAGACGGUUCAGACCACACGUUCACGUCGUGAAGCGAGAUAAAUAGUAAAUUCUUUAUAUUUCCUGAAGCAAAUUUCCAGCAUGCAUUUAACACACGAACUGGAGCUCUUUCCCGGUCACAAAGUGACUCAAAUGCUUUUCAAGGAGGUCAAAAAUGCGGCAGAGUUGAGACAGUGUGCGGUGGAGGGGAAAAUAAACGGUGCUCUGAUCAACCCAACGAUGCUGGUAAAUCCUUUCCAAGUGCUCGUAGCUGCCAACAAGGCUGUUAACUCACAGAACAAUGGGAAAAUGAAGACAAGAAGCUUAUACUCAGAAAUAAUCUUCAACCUAUCACCGACUAAUAAUAUCUCAGAGGCGUUCAAAAGGUUUGGGUGCUCUGAUGGCGAUGACUCUGUCCUGGUGGUCUUGAUUCACAACGAAGACGAGUCCCAGCUUUUAGCAGACCUCACAGCCCGGGUGAGCGGACGGCAGGUUCCAGUGGAAGAAGUUUCCUCGCUGACAGACCACGCCAAAGUCAAAAAGUUGUAUAAAGUCACUCAGGAGGAGGAGAAGAGUGGGACUCUGCUGGACGCGGUAGUAUGUAGGAUGGCUGCCAAGGACGUCAUGUAGCUGCCACAGGAAAAAGGACCGGAAAGGCAACCAUUUUUUUAUUUUGAAUUAAUUUACUCUUCCACAUUGUAAAGUCCCACAUUGUGUUUUGUGGACUAUAAAAAAAAUCAUAUUUCUCCCAUCUGAAAAUAAAAUUGUAUUUUUCAUA